UGGCUGUUUGUGCAGAAUGUCUACAUGUGAUUAGACUCAUGACAGGGAGGCAGACGGGAGUAGGAGAGGAGGGACGGAGCAGUCGACUGGAUCCAGAGGAGGAGGAGAGGACAGGAGGCAGGAUUGGGCUGGGCUGGGCUCCAUCAUCAGCGUAUGGAGCAGUGGCAUCUUGUGGAGGAAUUCAGGCUGGUUCUCUUGUGUUUUUGUCAUUUGAGCUGACUCCUCCUCCAGCGUGUGGUCUCCUUCUGGCUACGACUUUCACAGCUCUGCCAAGUUGUGAGGUGAGGAGGAAGAGCAGGAAGAGCUCGCAGCUCCCUGAGGCUCUGCAGUCAUGAGUGGUGGAGUGAAUCUCAAAGUCCUAUCUCAGAAUCAGAGUGACGCAGGCGUCGGCUCCGGUCUCCCUUUACCCCGAAGCAUGAUGCCACUGUCUAAGAUGGACCCGCACCAGCACGGCGGCCCCCGCGCUCCCCCGGGGCCGUUCCCGCAGGCCGCCAGAGGACGUCCGUCCUGCUCUCCGCUGUCUGUGUCCUCAGCUUCUGCAGAGCUGCUCGGAGGCGCAGCUUUAAACAAGCACCUGCUGCAGCAGAGAGCUGCUCCGUCCCCUCAUCGGGGCCCGGCAGCCACGGUCAGAACCGAUGGGACCCGCUCGGCCUACAGCAGCCCUCAGGUCCCGAAGAGGGACACGCCGUGCUCCAAAGACACCCUGGACCUCCGCUGCAGCGCCUUCACCCACAAGUCCUUACGGGACCUCCAGCUGAGACGAAACGUCAACCAGAACUGGACCUUUGGAAAGUACCGUCUGAGGAGCGUGGACAAUGCGGAUCACAACGCAGCGCGCAGGCUCUCGGCUAAUGCGCAGCAAGGCCAGGGGAGAGGGCGUCUGCUCUACAAUAAGGGAGCCAACGGGAAUGAGAUACCGGGGGUGCCUUCAGGGGCAGUGGGGAGUUUCCAGAAGGACACGAGAACCCUUUCCAACCGAGUGCUGGGAGCGUCUGACGUGGAGGCGCCCGGUGACAGAUCCCGGUCGUAUCAGGUGUCCAACAUGUCGCACAGAGCGAGAGUCAACAUGGCAGCUGUGGCUCCCUUCAGGUUCAGGUUACCGGUCCAUGAUGACACGGACGCUUCGCUGGAUGAUCUCAGCGACUGCUCCUCUGACUCCAUGGAGAUCUGCUGCGACGACGCUGACCCGGAGUCCCAGAGGAAGCGGACCGUGCAGAAUGUACUUGACCUCCGCCAGAAUUUGGAGGAUACGAUGUCUAGCCUGCGGGGCUCCCAGCUCAGCCAUAGCUGUCUGGAGAGCAGUAACGUGGGCUACGACAGCGAUGAGACCAACGCUCGCAGCAUCUCCAGCCUGUCCAACCGCUCCUCGCCUCUGUCCUGGCGCCACGGCCAGUCCAGCCCCCGCCUGCAGGCCGGCGACGCCCCAUCCUCCACGGGCGGAGGGUACCAGGCCAGCAAAAGCGUCUCCAAGUACCCGGCGCACACGAUGCCGGCUCGCUGCUCCAGUCGCCUGAGCAGCACGUCUCGCAUCGAGCUGAUCGAAGGGCUGGAUGUGGACGACCCCGACCUCAAGUCCGGUUACCUGAGCGACAGUGACCUUCUGGGAAAGAGCUUGCCGGAUGACGAUGAUGAGAACCUGGCUAAUGGUUGGGACGAGAGCAGCUCCAUCAGCAGUGGGCUCAGCGACGGUGACGGCGAUGGCUCGGAGAACCUCAGUUCAGAGGAGUUCAAUGCCAGCUCCUCUCUUAACUCGCUCCCAAACACACCCCUUGGCUCCAGACGCAACUCCUCUGUUAUGCUCCGCACUGAUGCAGAGAAGCGUUCUCUGGUGGAAAGUGGGCUUUCUUGGUACAGCGAAGAUGGCAAAGCCAACCUCAAGCUUUACAGCUGCAGCUAUGACACGGGGAGUUUAAAGACAGAGCUGCCAAGCAAGUGGAGAAAAAAGCCUCCAGCAUUCAGCGAAGAUUCGGGAGGUAAAGGGGAACUGAAGAAACCUCAAAGUUUGGAACAACCAGGCAGUUUCAAGAAGAGCCGUAAUCCUCCUGUGGGUGUGACCUCUCCCAUCACACACACCUCUCAAAGCAUGCUCAAAGUCGCAGCAGCGAAAUGUGAGAAGCCACUGGACAAAUCCAAGAUUUCCAUUAAAACCGCUGGCCUGCAACGGUCUCGUUCUGAUGCUGGUAGGGAUCAUCACCACGGAGAGCACCGCAAACCCCCUUCGGGUUUAGUUAAGCCAAGCGCUGGGGCCUCGUUUGGGUACAAGAAGCCACCAAUCGCCACUGGUACUGCCACUGUUAUGACAGCAGGGGGCGCCACCAUCUCCAGUGGCUCCGCUACUGUGGGAAAAAUCCCCAAGUCAUCUGGCAUACCAGUCAAGCCAGUGGGAGGAGGACCACAUUCUGGCAGGAAGAACAGCUUCGAUGCCAGCAGUGAACAGGGCUUCCUCGGCCCAAAUGCCCGAAACAGUAUUCAGUACCGCAGCCUGCCUCGACCCGCCAAAUCAAGCGCCUUCAGCGUAAUUGGCCGCCCUGCAGCUCGCCCGGUCAGCGGAACUGUUGACCCCAGUCUGCUGAGUUUAAAACCUGUGCCGAUUGCCUCCGCAGGGCCCAGGGUUAAAGAGCCCAGUGGCUGCGGCAGUAAAUUGUCCAAUCGAACCAGCACAGGCCCAGUGAACCAGACUGAUAGAGAGAAGGAGAAGGAGCGAGCCAAGGCCAAGGCUGUGGGGGCUGACAUGGACUGUGGUUCCCUGAAAGGAGACCACGCUCAGUCUGAAACCACAGAGUCCGUGCUGAAGCUGCAUGGCCUGAGAAGGACGAGCAGCAACAAAUAUCCUGAACUCUCAUCACCCACCACACCAAGAAUGCUGAACACUAAAUCUCUGGGUCGUCCACCCAGUCUGGCUCACCUGGAUCAGGUCAACUCCAACAGCCUGGACUCCUGUGUGACCAUCCAUGACCUCCCACCCAAAGUCCCCCCCUACUCCAAGCUUCAGGACUUGGCAGGUUCCCACACAGCUCCUCGCUUCACCCCCAGCCCAGCACCAGUCCUCCACAUCGAUUCCACCAGUUCCUACACCAGCGAAAGCUUAAGCCUGAGCGGGUCACCGCUGCUGUACCCCAAACUGUCUGGUAUGCACCGCAGCAUGGAGUCCCUGCCACUGCAGAUGAGUGUACCCCCCAGUGCAAGGUUUGUCAGGACUGAAACCGAAGACAAGGAUGAGCGGGGUACAGGAACCUGGGGGUCUGGAAGCAGAACAUCCCUCAACCUCUCAGACAGACGCUAUGGCUCAAGCCUGUCAGAGAGUGAAGGAAGCAAACCGGGAAGGCGCCACUCCCAUACCACAGCCAGCAUGACAGAGAGCAGGAGCCCCCCUCAGCUGCCGUCUCCCACCCGCACGCUCCAGCCCUCCUCCUGCAAGCCUCCUCUCACUAACGUGGUUGCCCCAAUUACCAGUGGCAGCCCAAGGAUAUCUCGCUCCAACAGCAUAGGUCCCCCUAAUGAGGCGGCCUGUGAUCUUGAUGGAUCCUCCACUCUGGGCAGCAGCGUGUCCUUGGCUGACCGGCCAAAAAGCAUGAUGCGGUCUGGGUCCUUCCGUGAGCCAGGGGAUGAUGUUCAUGGCUCUGUGCUCUCUCUGGCAUCCAAUGCUUCAUCCUCGAAUGAGGAGAGGAUACAAGGGGAGCAAAUCCGCAAAUUGCGACGAGAGCUGGAGUCGUCUCAGGAAAAGGUGGCCAACUUGACUAUGCAGCUUUCUGCCAACGCUAAUCUUGUAGCAGCAUUUGAACAGAGCUUGGCGUUAAUGACGGCGCGCCUGCAGACCCUAUCAGUCUCUUCAGACCAAAAGGACUCUGAGCUCACUGAGCUCAAGGAGACCAUCGAAAUUCUGAAAACUAAAAACACAGAGGCCCAAGAAAUCAUUCAGGGUGCACUAAGUAAUCCAGAUAUCACACCUAAAGGUAGAAAAUACGCUCUGGUCGUACAAUAUGUACAGCGCUCUUCCCUCCCAAUUUACAUAUAUCUACUCUUCUUUUAUUCUUUUCAUUUAGAACUGCUGAUUAAUCGCCAGAACUCCUCAGAAAGCAUCUCCAGCCUCACCAGCACCACCAGCCACUCAAGCAUGGGUAGCCUGAAGGAGCAGGAGGCCAAGAAGAAGAAAAAGAAAAGCUGGUUACGCAGUUCCUUCAACAAGGCCUUUAGUAAGAAGGGCUCCAAGCCAACAGGGCCAUAUGCUGACAUUGAGGAGAUUUCCACCCCGGAGUCUUCUGCCCCUUCUUCCCCCAAAGUCCACCAUGAUGGGAACAUGCCUCUAUCAGCAAUGAAGUCUUCAACCUCUGCGUCAUCAUCCGGACUCUGUGAAGGAGGGGAGGUGGUGGAUGACAAAGUUGUGUCAGAGCUCCGUACAGAGCUGUGGGAGAAGGAGCGUAAACUCACAGACAUCCGCCUGGAAGCUCUAAGCACUGCCCAUCAGCUGGAGCAUCUGCAGGAGACCAUGAACAGCAUGCAGAGAACUGUGGAGAACCUGAAGGCUGAGAAUGAUCAUCUGAAGACAGGUGCUCUCUCCCCCUGUCCAUCCCCUGGACCCUCCAGCUCCGUCUCUCAGUCCUCAGGCCUCACCGCUUUAGGAAGUUUAUCUCCUCGCCAGUCGGUAGCCAUGCACAUGCCCAAAAGCUACAGCAGAGGGCUGAGUGAGGGCAGCAGUCCAGACAUCCACUCCACAGACUCGCAGAGAGAUGAUCACCGUGUCAGGGUGGUGGUUUGUGUUGCAGAUUUGCAUGUCUUUAAAGAGGAGGUUAAACAGCAGGAUUUCUUUGUGGGCACAGUCAGGGUGAAUGGCAGGAUGGACUGGACCAUGCUGGAUUCAGCCGUCAGCCAGGCGUUCAAGGUGUACAUAGCCAAAGUGGACCCCACUUCCAGUCUAGGCCUGUCUACUGACUCCAUCUACAGUUACAGUAUGGGCCACAUUAAGCGGGUGGUGGGAGGAGAAGCUCAUGAGACACAGCCCUCCCGCUGCAUAUCUCGAGGUCCUGGUGGCAUCACAGUCGCUCUAAAAGGUUUAAAGGAGAAGUGUGUGGACAGCCUGGUGUUUGAGACACUCAUCCCCAAACCCAUGAUGCAACACUACAUCAGUCUGCUCCUCAAGCACCGCCGUCUUAUCCUUUCUGGCCCAAGUGGGACGGGUAAGACCUACCUCGCAUCCAGGUUGGCUGAGUACCUGGUGGACCGCAGCGCCCGUGAGGUCACCAGUGGGAUUGUGGUUACCUUCAACAUGCACCGCCAGUCCUGCAAGGAUUUACAGCUUUAUCUUUCAAACUUGGCCAAUCAAAUCGAUCGGGAAAGCAGCACGUCGGAAAUCCCGCUUGUAAUGAUUCUGGAUGAUAUUCACGAUCCUAUUUCCAUUAGUGAACUCGUCAAUGGCGCUCUCACCUGCAAAUAUCACAAAUGCCCUUACAUUGUUGGGACGAGCAAUCAGCCAGUGAAGAUGACAGCAAACAAUGGUCUGCAUCUCAGUUUCAGGAUGGUGACCUUCUCAAACAAUGUGGAACCAGCCAACGGCUUCCUGGUGCGAUACUUGCACAGGAAGCUGAUGGAGUCUGAGGAUGAGAGGAGCUUAACCAAUGAGGACCUGAUCAAGGUGCUCGACUGGGUUCCCAAGCUUUGGUAUCAUUUGCACGCGUUCUUGGAGAAGCACAGCACGUCUGACUUCCUCAUCGGCCCUUGCUUCUUCCUCUCCUGUCCCGUCACAGUGGAUGAGUUUCGAUCGUGGUUCAUUGACCUUUGGAACCACUCUAUUAUUCCAUACUUGCAAGAGGGGGCCAAGGAUGGCAUCAAGAUCCAUGGCCAGAAAGCGGUAUGGGAGGACCCCGUGGAGUGGGUGAGGGGCACCCUGCCUUGGCCAUCUGCCCAGCAGGACCAGGCAAAGUUGUUUCACCUGCCUCCCCCCAGCAUCGGCUCCAGCAGCCCGGGUCAGCCCUGCGAGGAGAGGCCUCACAAAGAGACUCCGCCCAGUUCCAUGGAGUCUGAUCCCUUGAUGGCAAUGCUUUUGAAGCUUCAAGAGGCGGCCAAUUACAUUGAAUCCCCAGAGCAGGAAGACCCUAGCUUGCCUAAGCUCUGAACACGAUAUGUACUCUUUACCACUUAGCACUUAAAGUUUUAUCCUUCUUUUCUUUUUGCUUCUGUGUUUAGUUCACUGUACUGACACGGUACACAUUCAGGAACAAUGAACCCUCAGUCAUUCCUCCAACACGAGGUUGAAAGUAUGAACCUGAAUAUUUUAAUACAUACAGUAAUUAAAAGAAGUCACAGGUAUUGAAUGAAAGCUAUAUUCUGUUACUAAACCGUAUAUACAGUAUGGCUGGAUGUAAUUCACUUCAGCCAGAUACCUUUACAGUACCACCACGUUAGCCCUAAGUACUUAGAUCGGUGCUAAUAGAUCACUAUAAACUCAUGGUCUCAGCUUUUAGACUUCAGGUGAUUUCAGCAGCAGAAUGGCGCUCGUCACCAACAGCUGUUCUCACUUACAGGUGACCCACUUUGGAAAAGAGUAUGACAGCAUGACAGAUGCUACUGUUUACUGCAAACUCCUACAUAUCUACUGUAAACUGUCUUUGAAGGCCACCCCUUACACAUAUGCAAUCCUGGAUUUCACAGCACGAGCAGGUGAAACUAGUCAAAUGCCUUAAGUACAAAGACGUCAAUAGCACUGGUGCUUUCAUCAAUGUCAUUCCAGCAAAAGCAGCAACUGUUAAAAACGAUUUGAAUGAUGGGUUUCAAUUAAUCUGUUUUAUAACAAAUAAUAUAAAACGUUUGGAUAAUUUGUUCCUUUUUCAUCUUUGUCAUUUUCAUAAGUUUGACCUUUUUACUUGCUGUCAUACUCUUUUGCAUAAAACAAAACACAUCAACACUGUGAUGUCGGUUCAUCACUUUCUUGUACCGUUUUUUGUAAGCGCUUCAUAAGUUUAGUAACAAAGUCGACAAAUAUAUCAGGUGAGAUAUUACACAGGGAUAAUAUAGCAUAACCCUCUUAGGAAAUGGUUUUAUCAACAGUAUUUGAAUCCGGUUUGGAUUUUUUUUUUCUAUGCCAUUUAUCCAAGAAACAGUACAUCUGUCUUUACCCCGACGUAUUAAGAGUAGUUACUGUGUAUAUUAUGUACAUAUAAUCAGGCUACAUCCGUUAGUUUAUCUACAUUAGUUGGUACAAUGAUUUAAUAUACUGAACCAAAUACUGUACUUCAAUAAUGCAUUAUGACUGUCAAGUUAGGGGUUUAAGUACUAUGAAUGUAGAGAAAACAAGCGUAUUACUGUAUAGUUCAUUUAAUGGGUGCUCGUACAAAGCAGCCAUAUCUCCGAGUCACUUCAAAGUUACCUGAUUUACAGCCGUUUUCAUUUGCAGCAGUUCAUGAAGUCGGUUGCGGAGAUAUAAGUAAAUCAACAUUUAGGUGCAUAUGGUGCUUUUUAACAAUGUCCCAAGCUGUUGUAGUAUCAAUGAAGAGUCAUAUAGGUGUUCAGGGUAGGUUAGCAAAGAGAUUUGUGUAAUUUCUAUCAAUCACUAAAGCGUUAUGAAAUAGAUCUAAAUGAUGAUUUCUCAGAUUUUAUUACAUUUUAUUGGCAAUGUGGUGAAGAUAUUGUAUAGAGACGUGGUUUGGUGUCAGCCCAUGUGAAUGUUGUGUGGUGUUCACAUCAAGAUCAGGGCACAUGAAGUAUCAAACAAACAAAAAUGUCUAUGGAGUCAAAGUGAAACAUUUAAUAUCCUAUAGGUCACAUGAGCAGGCAAGUAAUGACAAGUAAUCAAUCGCUUUAGCCCAGAAGGUGUUACUGCAUUACUGAGGUGCUCCAGUCACACAUGUACAUAAAUCCUGUAAAUGCAUCUGAGACCAUUUUCACCACUGCUUGAUUGAAGAAGGUUCAGCUUCUGAAAUUGCGCCUGAGCUGCUAAUUUCUCUAUUAUUGCACUGUUUGCAUAUGGCUGAUAACAGAACUCUGGGCUCUGAUUGGUCACCUGUAAACUCAAAACAUGAAUGGAUUACGUACACUGCAUUGUUAAAGAGGCCAGAUGUGCUGAAGCUUCUCGACAUGGCCACGUGCAAAAUGAAAAUAAUGUCUCUUAAUGUAAAUAUUUCAGGUGUGGGACUUUGCUACCAAACCCUGAUCUGUUUUUGCAGGUGAACUAAAGCCAUCAACUCAAGCUUCUCAUCUCAUUCACUGGUUGUGGUGCCUGUUGCUCUGUAGUAACUGUGAUUUGUGUUCGCUUACUAGUGUAUCUGGACUAUGCAGCAACUUCUACUGGCGCUGGCAGGCAGCUAGUGUCCGAACCUCAUGAGCAAAUGCACUAUGUUUUCAUCCGGUCUGUCUUCGAGGUCUUGAAUUGGAUCAAACUGCACCACAGGAAAAAAAGGAGGCUUGUUUGAGCAGAUGACAGGAAUCUUUGAAGAAAUGAGGAGUAAAUUUGCGUUGUGCGUUCAGAACAGGGUUCACAGAUGUACUAUAGGUAAUGUGCUUUGUCAACGUAAAUGAGCCCGUACAUGGUCAAAUUACUUCAACAAAAACUGGACUUAAAAAUCUAAUUUUGAGACUUUAUUCCUUGUGAAGAGUCAGUGUUUCAUCGUUUCCAUAUUGAUUUUAGGUCAAAUUAAACCAGAAUGAACCUGAUAUCUUCAGCCAAUACAGGUUGCUGAAUAGUCAUAUUUUUGCAAAGCUUUCGUGGACUAAAGAUUUAAAAUAUGUUAUGCGGUAUCUUAUGUCACCGAUGUGAAGUCAAGGGUUUGUUAGUGUUGUAAAUGCAUGUAAACUUGCUGUGUGAUGAGGAACAUUGUUAACGUUGAUGUAUUCUUUAGGGAAAAUCAUUCUAGACGACGCUUUGCUUUUGAAAACACAGAUAUUUGAUAUUUUCCUUUUUUUUUUCUAAACUCCUUUGUAAAACUUAAUUUCUCUAUUUUGUACAGGAUGCCAUUGUAAAGAUUGUAAAUAUGUCAGCAUUCUGAAUGCGGCAACAAUCACAGAGGAAUGGGGAAGCAUCCCAGGCAGAGGUAUAUUUCACCAGAGUUCAGUCCAAGACACGGAUAAGCUACGCCUUCAGAGGCUUCCAUCCACCUGUCACUGUUUGUUGGAAUCAAUAAAAUACAUGUUGUAUUUA